AUGGCUUAUCCAUACUCUUCUCCACCACCACCUCCACCAUCUCCUCCAUGCAACCCCCCACCACCACCACCGCCUCCUCCAUGCAACCCCCCUCCUCCUCCGCCCCCACCGCCACCGUCUCCUCCAUGCAACCCUCCUUCUCCUUCUCCACCUCCGCAUUCGCCAGGACACCACAAACCGCCCACCGCCCCUUCUCCGGCCCCAUCCCAUCGUCACCCACCACACCACCACCACCACCACCAUCACCAUCACAAGCCCUCAUCCCCACCAGCACCCGCACCAGCACCAAAGCCUACAAAACCAUCAUAUCCUCCCAAAACACCACCCAAAUCGGAAACACCUCCUCCCCCACCACCACAACCAGCAUAUCCUCCCAAAACACCACCACAUCACCACAACCACCCACCCUCACCCUCACCUAAACCUAGUGUUCCAACAACACCACAUUACCCACCAAAAUCACCACCACCACCUUCAUCAAACUGUCCACCACCACCAAAAUCCGAAACACCUCUCCCCCCACCACAACAACCAGCAUAUCCACCCAAAACACCACCCCACCACCACCACCACCACCAUCCACCCUCACCAUCACCAAACCCUAGUGUUCCAACAACACCACACCAUCCACCAAAAUCCGCGCCACCACCAAAGUCCGAAACACCAUCAUAUCCACCGCAUCACCACCACCACCCACCCUCACUACCACCAAAACCUAGUGUUCCAACAACACCUCAUUACCCACCAUCACUACCACCAAAACCCGAUGUUCCGGCCAAGCCCCCAACCCCACAAACACCUCAUUACCCACCAAAUGGCCCGGCAGCACCCCCAAAAUCCCCAUCCAAGCCGCCGAAACCAUCAACUCCUUCUUAUCCACCAAACGGCCCGGCAGCACCCCCAAAAUCCCCAUCCAAACCGCCAAAGCCAUCAACUCCUUAUCCACCAAAAACACCACCAAACGGUCCAGCUUCACCACCAAAGCCCGGCCGACCGGCUAAGCCACCAAAGCCUUCUCAUCCUCUAACACCACCAGGUGGCCCAUCAUAUCCGCCAUACUAUCAACCAGGUGCUCCAUCAUAUCCACCAUACUAUCAACCGGGUGCUCCAUCAUAUCCACCAAUUUACCCACCAGUUCCAGACUCCCUUACUCCAUUUUCGCCGCCCUCAAACACUAUCCUCACACCGCCUCCCAACGGUGGAGGCGGAAAAGACCACACCACCGUGAUCGCGGUGUGUGUCUCUUUAGGUGGAUUGUUCUUCCUCGCAUUCGUAGCAGUCGGCCUUUUCUGCUUAGCUAAGAAGAAGAAGAAACCUAUCAUGGUUCCGGCCGCCGCCGCCGCUGAAUGUGAGCCAGAAGCGCCGCCAGCAGGACAUGGUCAUGGUCAUGGUGGGCCACCACACUCCCAGGGUUAUUAG